CACGGGGACCCGGAGUAAAUACCCCCUGAAGGCCUGAACGCAUCAUCAGCAUCCUGAUAGCCUCAUCACUGCCUCAGGAAAGGGAGUGCACAAAAAAGUUGACGAGCAAAGGGAAUCAGGAGAGUGUCGCUUACGCUCUCCAGAAACUCCCAGCGUCUAGCUAGAGCGGCUGCGCGCGGAGAUCGAGCCCGCCGGGAGACAAAAGGCAAGAGAUCAAACACCAAAGGCGGCAAUGGAUCAGCACGGGAAGGAAGAGGAGGAGCACAGCUCCGAGGAUUCGAGGGAUCACCAGCGCAAGGACGACGACGACGUCGAUGCGACGGCGGCCGAGGGGGGCAUGGAAAACCACGGAAAGUCCAUGGAUCAUCAGCGCGACGGCGGCGGGUACGAAGAAGCGGAGGAGGAGACCCUGCUCAAGGAGGUGGAGUUGGAGGUGGAGGUGGUCGGCGUACUCUCUGAGGAAGAAGAAGCCUCACCGCCGCAGCUCGCGCACCACCCGUGCUCGCUGCUGCAGCUCCUGCUCCGCGCCUGCGCCGGCUGCCUGGGCCUGCACGGCUACUGCAGCGACGACGACGACGACGCUGCUGCGGCGCCGGCGGUUGCGGAGUUGCCGCAGGAAGAAGGAGAUCUGCAGGGUGGCAGCGACAAGGCGGCUAGCUACUUUUUCAUGCAGGAAGUGGGCGCUCAGGUGCGGGCAGUGAGGAGGAGGCCGCCGCCGCCCAACCGUCCGAGAGAAGGCCCCGGUGGCGAUGGAGGAAAACACAACUAGGCAACGGUGAUCUCUUGCCUUCUUCGAUUGCUUGGCCGAUGUAUGGGCACCUAGCCUAGCUUUGGUGGUGGCCAAGUGCCGGAACAUGCAUAUCUGCAUAUGCCCCUCUCUACCAAGUACGUAGCUUAAUUAAUUACGACUUUCUAGAAAGUACGUUAGCAAAUUUACUACUAGUACCCGUGUGGGCGCAUGUGGCUCUGAGUUUUACGUAGGCUUCGAUGAUCUGAACUCCAAACGAGACUGUGUGUGGAAGUGUUGUAUAGUUUGCUAAUUAAAUGUGCUCAAGACAUUAAGCACUACGCCAGUACUUUAUAAGAACCCUAUUACAUUGGCAAUUAUUUGUUUGUUGGUGGGUGUGGAUUGUAUUUUCUUUCUUUUUACCGUCUUUCAAGUUUGGUGCUUGGCGAGCGCUCGCCAGAAGCGUGUUGUUUAUUUCAAACUUUUCUAUCUUAGGCCUUGUUCAGUUAGGGAAAAA